AGCUGGUCCUCUCGAUGUAGGGCAUGCUAUGACCGCUUCAUUACUCCUCCACUCGCACUGGAUCGACCCGGUGAUGUUUCUCUACGACAGUGGCCUGGAUGAAAGAAGCAAGAACAUGGAGGGAUUUACUGGAGGCAAUUUUGCAGCAAAUCAGUGCAGGAAUUUGUUAGCGCAUCCAACCUCGCUGGCUCCCAGCACCACUUACACUGCGAGUGAGGUGCCAGUGUCUGGCAUGGGGGAGCCUGGCAAACAAUGCAGUCCCUGUUCUGCCACUCAGAGCUCUCCAAAUGCGUCUUUGCCUUAUGGAUACUUUGGCAGCAGUUAUUACCCGUGCAGGAUGUCACACGGCAGCGUCAAGGCGUGCGCUCAGCCCUCUGGAUAUGGCGAUAAAUACAUGGACUCAUCCGUCUCUGGUGAGGAGUUCUCAACCAGGGCAAAGGAAUUUGCAUUUUAUCAGGGUUAUUCCUCGAGUCCUUACCAGCCCAGUUACCUGGACGUGCCUGUGGUACCUGCACUGAGUGCUCCAUCUGAGCCCAGACACGAGUCACUGCUGCCCAUGGAGCCCUACCAGCCCUGGGCCAUCACUAAUGGCUGGAGUGGUCAAGUUUACUGCGCCAAGGAGCAGCCACAGUCAAACCCUCUAUGGAAAUCCUCUUUGCAAGACACCAUAUCUGGAGGUGACAGCUCUAUCCGCCGGGGGAGAAAGAAGCGCGUGCCAUACACAAAGGUUCAGUUAAAGGAGUUGGAGAGAGAAUACAACGCCAACAAAUUCAUCACCAAGGAUAAAAGGAGAAGAAUAUCCGCACAAACAAAUCUGACUGAGAGACAAGUGACAAUCUGGUUUCAAAACCGCCGCGUAAAGGAGAAAAAAGUGGUCAAUAAAUUCAAGAGCUCCAGUUAGCUGUGGAAAAAAGAAAUGAAACGGGAGAGGAAGUGCGGACACGGAUGUGCCUUCAUCCAAAAAACUGUGCGAUAAUUUAUUACAUGAUAUGAACGGCCUUUUGGUUGCCAGAAUGGCUCUGUUUUUGACCUGCACAUUUCCUUCCUCGCGUUUAAUUGGAACCAGUCGGUGCAGCCUGUUGACAGGAGGUCGGAAAUGGUUUGCAACAUUUUGACCAAGGCGAGUCUGAGAGGGCUCCUUUAAAUACUCAUCAGAAAAUAAGACAUUCUGUUAGAAGCCAUGGGACACCCUGAGUGAUCCUGCGCUUUUAUAUCACUUAAUUCAAUCCGGAAUUUAAAAUGUAUGGCCUUAAAAUAAGCAUCUAUAGAACCAAUUUACAGCAAAUACAUCUGAAAAGUCAUUUUCAACCCGUGAUCCUCAAAGAAAGCCAAAGUGUAACAAAAAAUGUUGAUAUGAUAGAAUACAUUUUUUUUGCAAUUACUCACAAGGGGUUAAAGACAGGGGGGGGGAGGAUGAAGCUUAUGCGUAAAUUCUCCGCUUGGAACUCUCACUGACAGGAUCUACACUACGGCCUUGUUUUGAUUAAUUCAAUCUCUGUUCAUUAAUCUACCAAUAUUUAUGAAACGUAAUCAAACGUGAACACUGAGCAUUUCAAUACUUACUUCUGUUUUGAUUGCUUUUUGAGCCUAGAAUAACUCUGACUGACCUGUGCCUGUCAGUCACCAGCGAUUUUGCAAGGAAGUGCUGGAAACUUGGACAUAUAUUUAAACAUGUAAAUACCCCCUGACUGCCACUAUCUAUUCUAUUAGUUUUUGACAAUAAAUGUUUGAGAGACGUAAUGUGAUUUUUGUCAUUUUCAUUAAUUAUCCUCAGUCGAAGUGAAGUUGGACAUUUCUGAUUGCUUGAUAGAAAACUUCCAAAUCCUAUGCGUCGUCAACAGGCCUCCAUCGGACAGUAGAGCCACUGCGGGCUUCAGGUUUAGGAGUUUAUGUCGCCAUCUAGUGGCGAAACUAUGUCAGCACAGUGUCUUCUCACUCAUGCCUGUCAUAUCCAUCUGUCUGUACUUAAAGGCGUGUGUGCGUGUGCGCGUGCAAUAUCCAGUAUUUACACCAGUCUGCCUAUAUCAGUGUAUUUUUUCUCAACAUUUGAAAUCAAAGAAAAACAUAAUUCACACAAAGAAAAAAACUGAUUCUCCUUUGAGAACAUUAGAAAUGUGUAUGCACAAGAAAGACUUUAAGAAUAUUUAUUAGUCUUUUUAUUAUUUUAUAAUUGUAGAGGAAUACUCUACAAGUUGUGGCCAAGAUUUACGUGUUAUUUACCUGUAUUCACAUUUAGACAUUUGGCUCCACAUCUCAGCUCAUUUUCUUUCCUUACUGAUUAAGUAAUAGCAGAACAGAUCUUUUAGAAAUUAGUUUUCUUUUUUUUUCAAGUCAUUGUUCAAUCUUGCGUAAUUUCUUGCCUAAGCAUUUGUAGCCUUCAGGGACGGAAGUUUGCAUGAAGUUGAAUCUGUUCUUGGACUUUUUUGAAGAGUGAAAUUCAACUUUUCGUUUCCAACAUGCCUACAGUUUUGAACAUGAUCACUUUAUUAUCCAGCAUUGCAUCUCAAAUCGGAAUCUUUAAGGUUAAGUCUGUUUAAUUUAUGUUUUCAUUUCCAAUUAUUGUGGGAUAAUAAAAAAAGGACACCUUGUUUUUCUUUUAUUGAUUUUUACGAAUUUGCAUUUUAACGAAAAAGAAGAAUAGUGUGAAGCAGACGUGCAAAAAUCCUUUCAGAUUAAAGUUGCCAGCUUGAUCUGAUUUUUUGCCUUCUACUAACUAAAAUGAAAUCAUGCAUUAUUAAUGUAUUAUGAUGUGGUCAUGAUCCACAUUACAGUACCAUCAUAGACAGUGACAUUUAUCAGCUCGAAUGUUAA